AUGGGAAGUAGCUACAUAAAGCCGCCGAAGAAAUAUAUUUCGAAAGACUUAGUUAUGAAAAAUCUGGACUUGCAGGAGAAGGAGUUCGACAAGCUUGUUACACUGUGUGGAGUGCAUCCCUACAUCCCCAAGAACAACCGGAAGGUAGACCAAGGAGAUGGAUUUUACUAUAGAAUAUCUGAUGCCAACAAGCUCAUCCAUUCUGACGCCUAUAGAACGCUGAUCAAAAACAGAAAUCUUGAGAACAAAAAGAAAAGAUAUACGGGAACGGGGAUUGAGUACAAGAUUAAAAAUAUCCAUUACAGAGAAUAUGGAUAUGUAGACCUGAUCAAAAGUAGAUGUAAAGGGUUUGGAGAAGCUGUGGAUGAGUUGAACCACACCCUGAGCAAUCUGUAUUUGGGGAGGAUGCUUGGGCUCGACGAUGGAAUACCAGAGGUCAUUGAGAUGUUUGAAGAGUUUGUUGCAAGAAAGUCCUUGCUUGAGUGUUCUUAUAUGUCGAAGUCUGGCGUUUACAACCAGAUAACCUUAGGAAAGAUAAGAGUUGUUUGGCUUGUUCCGUAUCCAGGAGCAGAGCUGAAGGAUAUAAUAGAAGAAAAAAAGGACAUGCCAAAGAAAUUCGAGUGGAGCGAGCCCAACUUUCUGGACUUUUUAUCUUCUUCUGAAGAAGAAUCCUCUGAGUCUGGGGAGGCAAAGGGUAUUUGUAACGAUCCUGCUAAGAUUGACAUCUCUCUGCUGUCGUACUCGAUUCCUCUUCUUAUGACACACUGCAAGCUAGUUCUCCACAAAUUGGAAAAGGUGUAUGAAUCUCACAAAGAACAGCGAAAGAUAUUUGAAGGAGUGAAGUUUUACAUUGAAAGCAAAGCAGUCGAGGGAGCACUAAGAUUCAUUGCCUUGAGCUGUGGAGGAAGUAUAGUUGAAAGCCCAUGCAAUGCAGAUAUCCAUAUAUCUGAGAAGAUAGAUGAGAUGGUAGAAAACGUAACAUAUGUACAGCCACAAUAUUUGUUUGAUUGCUUAAAUCAGGGGAAAAGACUCUAUGCGGAAGCCUAUUCUAUAGGAAGGAGUCUGCCUAAACAUGCCUCGCCCUUUGCUUCAAUAGACAGUGUUAUUUCGAAGGAAAGCCUUAUGACGAUGUCAAAGACCAAAAGACAUAAGAUAGAGGAUUUGGUGAAUAGAUUUGAGGAUGUAGAGUAUGAGCACUAG